AUGUUUUCAAGGGAGAUAACACUAAAGGACGUGAAAGCCACUGAGAAGAACCGGAUUCGUUACUCCUCUAAGCACAUUAAACAUCUUCCACCAGGAACCUUUUGUUGUUUUUUCUUUUUCUUUUUUUACUUUUGUAGGCUUGUGCAAGAGCUUGAGGAUAUUAAUCAUGCUGAAUACAUGAAAUCCAUCUGCAAUGAUGAGACAUUGAGGAAGCUUUCUUCCGGGAAAGUUGGCCAUAUGUUUCUUCUCUCCAAAGAUGACCGCUUUCUCAUUAAGAUUCUUCGCAAAUCCGAAAUCAAGGUCAUACUAGAGAUGCUGCCUGGCUACUACCGACAUAUUCAUAAAAACAGGACAACCUUGUUGUCUAAGAACUAUGGAGCUCAUUCUCUCAAACCUAUUGGAGGUGUUAAGAUAUAUUUUGUCGUCAUGUCAAACAUACUGCAAUCAGAUGUUUUUAUGAACAAGGUCUAUGAUCUAAAAGGUUCAUCACAAGGCCGAACUAACAAAAAGAUCAAAGUGAGAGAUAAAACCAUUUUGAAGGAUACCGACCUUGAUUUUCAUUUCUAUGACCCAAAUUUGUCGUCGCGCAGGCAAACAAAGCUAGACUGUGAACUUUUGGAAGAUGAAGGGAUAAUGGAUUACAGCUUAAUGCUUGGUUUACAAGUGAAAUGCUCAUGUCAAGGUUCAGUUGAUGGAUUAAGCCUUGUAUACGACAGCUUCACAUCACGAGGCUCUGUUGACAGCAAUAGUUCCAAGCUGAUGAAGACAGCCUCAAACUCUCCAGAUAGAUCUUCAACAAUGUAUUCAUGCACUCCGAGCAGAGAUUCAGUUGACAGUGAGAACUCAGUGAUAGAAUCAGUAGCAAGCAUAAGUCCCAGUCCAGCACCAACCAAAGCUUCUGAUUCUUCACAAGGAAGCAUUGCUUCCAUACCAAAAUUCACCGACAUCUUCCAAAACAGCUCAAGCACAAACUUCGGGAUGAAGAUACCGGGACGAGCACGAAGAAUCGAGAGAGGAGAAUCAGGGAGUGUUGUGGGCAAGAACAUUAGCGAAGAAGAGGAAUGGUAUGACGUAAUCUUAUAUCUUGGGAUUAUAGACAUCUUCCAAGACUAUGGUGUGAGGAAACGCAUUGAACAUUGUUACAAGUCUAUUCAAUACAGCUCUAAGACAGUCUCAGCUGUCCAUCCCAAGACAUACUCUUCUCGAUUCCAAGGCUUCGUCUCUCAGAUCUUCUUACCAGAAGAAGAUCAUCCUUAUCAUUCAUAUUAACUUCCAAAUUUUCAUUUAUUAGUUUUAAACUUUGAUUUAUUAACUGUAUGAAUAAAAACAUACAUUAAAAAAGAUAUUUAAUGAUUUUAUAG